AUGGGAAAUUGUUUACAAAUUUCAAACUGUAAAUGGUUAUCAAAUCAUUUGAAAUUAUUACGUAAUAUUGAUCAUAAUCAUAAUAAUAGUGAUUAUAAUAGAAAUUCAAUAUUUACUGAAGAUUUGAAUGAUUUAAAUCCAUACUUUUUAUUCAAUAAUCAUCAAUUAAAACAAUUGAAUGAUAAUAAACAUGAUUUAUUAAAUGAGAAUUCUUUAAAGAAUCUUGAUUCUUAUUCAAUAUUAAAUGAUGAUGAUGAUGAUGAUAUUAGUAAUGAUAGAAAGUUGAAUUAUGAUUCUAACUAUUACAACGAUUUAUUAAUUCAAAAUAAAUUUAUAAAUUAUUUUAUUCUUAUGAAAAAUAAGAAAAUAAAAUACAAUACUACUAAUACUACUAAUAUUACUACUGUUAAAAAUCGGCAUAGUUACAAAAUAAUAAAAUCAACUCAUUGGCCAUUAAUUAAUACAUCUAUACUUGGAUUUACUAUUUUAACAUCGAAUAUGUUAAAUUUAAUGGAAUGGUUACAAUAUAAUAAAGAUGAAACGUAUUCAAUGAACAAUUUUAAACAAUUAUCAAUGAAAAAUGAACAAAUGAAAAUAAAUUACUUAAAUAAAACUAAUACAAAUGUUAAUAAUAAUAAUAAUAAUCUCUUGUUACCAAGUGAUUGGUUACGUUAUACGAUGUUUAUGCAUCAAACAAAAUUGGAUACAAUUCAAUUUUUAACAAUAUUUCAUAGAAUGAAAUAUGUUUUGCAUAGUUUAGAAAUAAAAACUGGUUGUAAAAUUUUAAUAAGUAAAUAUUUAUUUAUGUAUAAAGGGAAUUUAGUACGUAAAUUUGUAAUUGAUGGACCAAAUAAAAAACAAAUUCUUCAAUGUUAUUCAAGUUUACCUCAAUUAUUUAGUCGAUUGCUAAUAUUGGAAUGUGACAGACCAAGUACAAUAUAAUUUAUAUAUGAAUAUUAAAUGAAAGUCAAAAAAAAACAAAGAAGGAAUAGUAGAUUCAGAAAAAGGUUUUUGAAUACGAUUCAUUUUUAAAACAGUCUCCUCUGAUUGUUCAAUAUUCAUUUAUGUUUACAGUAUUAUUGUAUAUAUUGUAUACAAGCAUGGUAAGGCAACAA